UUGGGCCCGCCGGUCUCCAUGGCGACCAGUCGCCUGCUCUCCCGCCGCCAUCUUGCCGGGCCGCGUUGCCCGGGCGACGGCCCACGCCAGCGCAGCGGCCCUCUUGCCCGGCCGGGUCUCCUCCGUGCAGCCGCCGCCGCCGCCGAGCUAGCCCCGCCGCCAUGGCGCGCCGUCUGGAGGACCUGGACCUGACCGGUGAGGAGGCGGAGCGGCUGGGGGCGGCCUUCCGGGACGAGCGCUUCCGCCGCCUCUUCGCGGAGUACGUGGCCGAGCUGGCGGACCCGGCGCAGCGGGCGGUGUACGAGGCGGAGGUGGCGGCGCUGGAGCGGCAGCGCGGCGUGGAGGCCCGCUUCCUGCACCCGCAGCCCGGCUGGGCGCUGCGCACGAGCCAGGCCGGCGCCCGCCGCUGCUACGUCAACAUCUGCAGCCACCCGCUGGUGGGGCGGCCCCAGGCGCGGCCCGAGCCCGGCGGCAGCCGCUGGACGCUGCCCCACUGCCUGGCGCCCGGCCGCGAGGAGCUGCUGCCGGGCCGCCAGGGCCGCCGCCGCCGCCUCCUCUACGACGUGCUCUUCCACCCGGAGGCCCUGCGCCUGGCCGCCCGCUCCGCCCGCUUCCGCCGCCUGGUCGACGACACGGCCCUCGAGGCGCUGGAGGCCCGCUUCGCCCCGGGCCUCGACCGCGCCAACGCCGUCCCGCUCCGCGGCGUCCGCUACAAGGGCGCCCCGCAGGCCACGCUGCUCAGGACCCCGCUGCCCGGGGGCGCCCCGCCGCCCAGCCGGGAGGAGGAGGAGGAGGCCGGGGGCUGCCCGCUGCCGCCCUUCCCGUCGCCCUACGCCUACCCGCCGCCCGCGCCGCAGACGGACGCGCGCCCCCCGCCAGCCCCGGCCGCCGCCGGCCCCACCACCCCGCGCUGGACUCUGCAGCACCGCUGCUACGUGGACCUGCAGGACUACCGCUGCAGCCGCGACUCGGCGCCCAGCCCGGUGCCGCGCGAGCUGGUGGUGACCAUCGAGCUGCCCUUGCUCAGCUCCGCCGCCCAAGCCCAGCUGGAGAUCCGCGGGCAGGAGCUGCAGCUGGACUCCCGGCGCCCCGCCGCCUACCGCCUGCGCCUGCCCUUGCCCUACCCGGUGGACGAGAGCCGCGGCAAGGCCGCCUUCCACAAGGCCCAGCGGCAGCUGCUGGUCACCUUGCCCGUCGUGCCCAGGCCGCCGCCGCCGCCGCCCGGGCCCACCGCCAGCCAGGAACACGGCACGGCCCCGGCCGAGCCGCAGCAGCUGCUACCGCCGCCCUCUUCGGAGGGCUCCGAGCCCAGCCUGGCCCCAGCAGCGGCAGCUGACGCCGAGCACGAGCAAGCGCCUCUGGUUCCCCACGUGGGGGGCGUCGGCAGCGUGGAGCUUCCGGUGUGCGCCGAGGAAGGGGUCCGGGCCACCCCCGCCGCUUCCCCCGGCAGCAGCCCGGACGUGCCGCUGUGCCUCCUCGCUGGGAGCGGCCACGUGCGGUCAAAUCGUGGCAGCCCGGCGCCUACGGGGCGUGCGGAGACGGUGCAGGCUGGCUGCAGUGCAUUGCCUUCUGAAUCCCACGGGAAUCCUCAGCCAGAGGGCUUGCCAUGUGCCGCCGCCACCGGCGGCAGCGACGGAGAGUCGGCUCCUCUGCGUGGUUGUGAGGACGCCAGCUCCGUUGGCCUCGUCCCUGCCGUUGGCUUCGACAGCCCCGUGGAGCUCCCUGUGCACCCCAGCACCAGCUGCCCCGCUGCUCCUCCAAGCCUGGCGCGUCUCAGCCCCGACAUGGACCUGAAUCCCUGCCCCAGUGUCCCCCCCAGCGCUGUGCCCCCGCCAUGCCUCCGUGGCACCGUGAUCCCCCCUGCCCACCCCAGUGGCCUCGGCACCAUCCCGGCAAACCAAAGUUGCUCCAGCGUAGACCAUCCGAGCGCGGAGCUCUCUGCCGGCCACAAUUUGCCAGAAUGCCCUCGUGGCAACAGCGGCAGCAACGGGCAUCUUCUGGACCUCGCAGCAGGCGUCGGCGCCAUCAGCAGCCAUGUGGACCUUUCUGUGCCUGCCUUGGAGUGUCCCAGGAACUGGCUGCCAGCGACAGGCCCCGACACUGGCACCGCGGCUGUCGAGGAUCCUGCCAGCUGCCCCGAGCCUGCCCGCCCAGCUCCCCUCCGGUGCCCUCCAUUCCACUGUAGUCAGGAUGAAGAGUCUUUGACGCUGCUCUUGCAGGUGCCAGGCAUCCUUCCCCAGAGUUUGCACGGGGAGGUAGGCCCUCAUCACUACCGAGCUCGUUUUUCCGACAAAGAGGCUGCUCCCUACACCUUUCUCUUGAAGUUGUCUCCUGAAAAUCAGUUGACUCCUCCAGAGAGGAGAAUCAACGUGUCCCUCACCAAUGCUGUCAUUGGCCUCACUAAGUCUCCUGAGACUACUGGACUUUGGACAAAGUUGUAUUUCGGACUGGAUUGUGAUACUUUGCAGGAAAGGCUGUUCGUCACUGAAGACAAUGUUGCUGGGUUUCUGAGCAGCCCACCAGACGCUUCCUGCUCCAACCGAGGGGAGGUGGAAGUCCAGCCGCUAAUUGAAGUGCUGAGUAUCUCUGAGGGCAAAAGUGAGAUCCGAUUAAAGGCACAGGAGCAGAACAAGUGUGAACUUGGCCCAGGCGAAGAAAGUGUUCAUCCCAGGGGAAUGGAUGAUGGUGCACCAGAAGACGGCAGUGAGCUCCCAGCAGAAAGCCGCUCUCUCCAGUGCCAAGGAGCCUCAGGCUCUCUCACAGCCAUGAGAACAAUGGGCGGCGGAUCAGACCAUUGUUUGGAGCUUGACCCUGCUAGCCCCACCUUGGCAACUGCUGGGAAACAACAGUUCAGCAAAUGCCAGGAGUCACCACUGGCUUGCACAACAGGCAGAAGAGCCACAUCCGCCACAGAAGCCCCGCUGGCUGGGAGGGAGCCUGCCCAAAGAGGGGCCGGUGGGGCUGGGGGCUCCGCGUUGCUCCAAGAGAAACAAGGCAGAGUGGUCCCUCCUGUCUUAAGGGAAACUGACCUGCGAGAUGGAAGUGUGCAGUUUACAAGCCAUCACACCACGCACUGUGCAGUCACAUUUCAGAAUUCUUUGUUGUAUGAACUGGAUUAGCGCAGCUGCCUCUGGCUCCUAAGUGGUCACUGCAGUUCAGUUUCUGGGGAUCUUUUUAGGAGCACCUACUCCAAAUCUUCAGUUCUACUGUGGAGGGGAUUUCCCAGGUUUAGAAUGGUUUCUCGUUUGUUCUUCUUAUUUCAAAAAGAAACAAAAUCUGCUUGGCUGAGUGAAUUGUCCUCCCAAAGCCAGUUUAGCUGGGUAGCCCAGAGCUCGCUCCUUUAUGCCAACCAGCAGAACCAGGCCCUGCUCAAGCUCUGUUGAACCCAAUGGCCCUUGCAGUGCUUGGGCUGGCUUUCCUCAACUGAACAGGAAGAUGUGCCACCUCAUUUGGAAAGGGCCUUUGGCGGAACUUCCCUUUCCAAAUCACGUUGCCACAUCCCCUUUUGCAGGGCUCACAAAGACUUUGAGAGGCGGUUUUGAGUGGCUCGGUCUUUUGGAGACCCCACUUGUACUUCCCUAGUGCCUUGCAGCUGGGGCUGCCCCGCUGCAUUUACGGAAUUGCAUUCUCCAGCACACAGCCUCCUCCAGCUUGGAGAAGUCGUCCCAUGGUUUCUUAUAGGGGGAAAAUGCCCUCUGAGAAAUCUGUCUCAUUGAAAGCACUGGGACUGGGUUUUUCUAAGCAUCCUAUUCCGAUUGUAAAUAGCAUUUACUUGGAAGUACAUCCUAUUGAUUUCAAUGGAAAUGGCUUCAAAGUAACCCUGCCUCUCAGCUGCAAUCCCAUGGUUUCAUUUGGGUGGAGAAUUGCAGCUGAAGCAUGCAGAUGCCUGGAUUUCCUCCUUUGAGUUAUCUAAUCUCUUGCUCCCCAGGGUAACCACACACAUGGCAAGCUCAGCCAGGGCAAAGAGGCACUAGUCAGGGGGCUAAGUUGGUUAGCCCCCCGGGGGAAAUGCAGCCUUAGCACUUCUUGAAUUUGCACACCAGUGUCCCCGUUCCAAACCAUCUGUGCAGCCAACCAGUCCUGGCGUUAUAUUGCUUUGGACAUCAAGAAUGGCACAGCAGUGGAGAACCAGUGUCCUCUUUUCUGCCGAUCCACUGCCAAACAAGCAGCUGUUCACAGGUCAGAGCAACUUCUGCUCAGGAUCUCCUGCUAUAGGUAGCCAGCUGCCUUUGAGAUUGCUUCCACUUGGUGGGGGCAGGGGCUGACGCUUGGGCUAUGUGUGCUUAGCAGGAAACACGGCACCAUGAAGCCAAAGGUACCGUCCCAAUGUAUUCUCAGGCCUAAAAUGGUGUGGAAGGAGGCUGCACAACGCUGGCCCUCGUCUUCCCCAGCCACAGUGGCUGGCCAGUGGUCAGGGAUUAUGGGAGCUGGAGUUCAGCAUCUGCAGAAGGGCCAGAGAAGUGCAGCCUUUCUGUGGAGAUAACCUAAGAAGUUGGCUUUCCCUCUUGUAACCUUGAAAAAAAAAUGCAUCCCAAAAAGUCAAAGAAGAAAGAGCCAAAACUUUCCCUGCUACCACCAGUUUGUCUAACAGUUCCACUCAACAACAAUUAUCUUGACAGCAGUUUCCAGUAGCAUGUUACCCUAUCAACUCUGGGAGGCCAGUUUCCCCCAAAGAGCACUCCACUUCAUCAGUUCGGUGUUGUUUUUUCCCCAGCACAUCCCCUGCAGGCCCAAUAGAAGCUUUGAGAGACGGACCUGCUGUCUCCCUGCAGUGGCCACGCUGAGUUGCCGAUUUAGCAACCAUCUCCAAUACAUUUUCCUGGAGCAGUAUUGGGCACUUUCCAGUGGCAAGGCCCUUGACAAACACCAUGCUCACUUCUAUGGCGCUUGUACCAGAGAUCUUUGCACUGAACUUUGCUCCAGAUUAGGCGACAUUGCUCAGUGAAAUGUGUGCUCUUCCACCAGGAAGGACUUUUCAAGGAUGCUGAGAGUUUUGAGCCUCUAACAUAGUCUUGUAAUUGAGAUCUCUCUUCUCCAAACACUGUUGCUUAAUAUUGUUUUCUAACUUUACACUUUCUUCAUCCAGCCCUAUUUUUAAUUCAUCUAAAUUAACUGGCAAAUCUGGAAGUUGAAUGAUUUCAGUAAGAGGAGGGGAACGGCAGCAACCAUUUUCAGUUCAGUUUUCAACAUAUAUUGUAAAAAUUAACAACAGAUUGUUAAUGUAUUUGACUCUUAAUUUGUAAUACAAAAGCUAAAAUAAAAGAAAUGCUUUCAAAUUAUUAAAA